AUGGCACUCCUCAUCGUGGUGACCAUCAUCGUCGUAUUCCCCAUCCCCUACGUCGCAUUUCCCAACACGGCACAAGACGCCAUCAACAACGCAGAAUUGAUGGUAACGAGUCAAUCGAUCUUGGUCCCGAGCAUGAAAAAUUUCCAGCUCGAACAGACCACAGUCUUCGUGACCAACAGCAGCGAAAGAGCGACCCUUGACCCCUGGGACGGCAGCCUCUGCCUGGCUCCGGACUGCCGAACCCCCUUCGUGAGGGUCCGUGUACCCGGAGCCCAAGCCGGGAGUGGUACGCAGAUCCAGAUUUCGAAUACCGCGGAGAUCAUUAACGUGACCGAAUUCAACAAGUACACGCGCAUGGCCCUCGGGAGGGACGAGUACAAUUUCUACCUCGUGGGAAAGGGGAUGCUGCAUAAGGGAGCGUGGCCCGCCACCACGGUGGCUUACAACAAGAAGAUUACGAUGAGAGGACUUCAACAUGACGUCCUUCCAAAUCAUCACUCCCCCCUUGGCAAACGGCACCAAGGCAAACGGACAAUCUCCAUCCCCAACCCCUCUGUCUCGCAGUUCGAGCUGGGCGAUCUCACCAUGAACAUGUCCGUGGACGGGAUGCCCGUUGGAACCGCGUCCUUGCCGAACGUGUUCAUAGCCGCGGGUAACAACUCGAUCCCCAUGACGGCGACGACCAACGUGAUGGCCGUGGCGGGGUUGGUUUCGGGCCCUUACAAAUCUGGUGUCCUCCCGGUUGACGUUGUCGUCACGUCAGUGAUCUACGAUGGGGAGCAUAUUCCGUGGUACGAGCAGGCGCUCGCGGCACUGUCCCUGAGGCUAGAUCUAGGUGUUAUUCCGGCGUUGCAGGAAUCAGGGUUGGCGGGAAUACCGGGGCUAGGGGCGGCUUUCGUAUGGGCCGACGUGACAUGA